UGGUCGAAAUCGAAAGCGCUUUUCGGUUUUCUUUUUGGUUUUUGGGCGACCGAGGCAUCCGCCAUGUUUGCCGUUCCGUGCGUGGAACUUUGUCUGUGGUGCGAGUAACUUAAGAGGAAGCGCGCUGCGCUUCUUGUAAGCUAUUCCUCCUGGACAAAUCACUCACGUCGCCAAAGCUUCCCAGCCAAGGCCAGCUUGCAUCACAGCGUCCGUCGGUUUGAACCCCGAGAUCUCGCACCGGCGUGCAGCGCGUCUCUUGUUUUUGCUUACCUUUGCUAGUUCUUCGAAGCACCGUCGACGAAGUUUGGAGGGAAGACUGGAAACUACGUUUCUCCCCCCUGCCAGUGGUUUUGCAUAAUCCGUGCUGGAAGUGACGUGCGUCGAUUCUGUGCUCGUAAGCAAGCUUGCUGUGGGUAGAAGCACAGUGCGAACGGCAACGGUUCGCUGUUCGCGGAGACGCCUGCUCUCGAGCGUUUCGCGGUUGUUAUGAACGCCUCAAAGGCUGUGACAGCGAGCGCUUGAGCGAUGGAUCCCGAGUACGAACGACGGCUUCUGGGUCAGCGCAGCAACAGUUACGCGUCGCCUGCGAGUCCACUGGGUGACCGCUUCAUUCCAAGCCGGGCAGGAGCCAACUGGCAGUUGGGGCUUGCAAGGAUCCCCGACAGCGCCCAGCGAAGUAUCCUGCCGAAGGCCAAGGAUACCAGUGAUGGCUCCAAGGACAGCCUGGCUUAUGCCUGCCUGAUCAAGAAUGAGCUACUGGGAGCCGGCAUAGAAGAUGCUAAGGAACCGACGGAGGAGCGCCGUGUGUCGCAGGGGCAGUCGCCCUCGUCGGGCAAUCUCUUUCGCUACGGGGCAGGACGACCGUCCGAGCCCUGGUCACCCUACAGCCUCUCCCCGGUCAGCGCCAAGAGCCACAAGCUGCUCAGCUCUCCUCGCAAGCAGGCACGCAAGAUCUCCAAGAUCCCGUUCAAGGUACUGGAUGCACCCGAGCUCCAGGAUGACUUCUAUCUGAACCUGGUGGACUGGUCAUCAACCAACGUGCUCAGCGUGGGGCUGGGUGCAUGCGUCUACCUCUGGAGUGCUUGCACGUCACAGGUGACACGCCUGUGCGACCUCUCUGGCGAAGGCGACUCUGUGACCUCGGUCGCAUGGGCUGAGCGCGGCCAUUUGGUGGCUGUGGGCACCCACAAGGGCCUUGUCCAGGUCUGGGACGUGGCUGCCUCAAAGCAGACAGCAUUGCUUCAGGGCCACUCCGCACGUGUGGGUGCACUGGCAUGGAAUGGAGAUGUGCUGUCAUCGGGCUCGCGAGACCGCUUGAUUCUUCAGCGGGACGCCCGGACACCUUCAGGGGGUGCACCUGAACGGCGACUGCAGGGCCACAGGCAGGAAGUGUGCGGCCUCAAGUGGUCGCCCGACAAUCAGCACCUGGCGUCAGGUGGCAACGACAACAAGCUGCUGGUGUGGAACCUGAGCAGCAGCACCCCUGUACAGAGCUACACUGAGCACGUGGCGGCCGUCAAGGCCAUCGCCUGGUCCCCGCACCAGCACGGGUUGCUCGCCAGCGGUGGGGGCACCGCUGACCGCUGCAUCCGUUUCUGGAACACCCUCACAGGACAGCCAAUGCAGUGUGUGGACACCGGUUCACAGGUGUGCAACUUGGCAUGGUCCAAACAUGCGUCAGAGCUCGUCAGCACGCAUGGCUAUUCCCAGAACCAGAUCCUCGUCUGGAAGUACCCUUCGCUGGCCCAAGUUGCCAAGCUGACCGGUCACUCCUACCGGGUGCUCUACCUUGCCGUGUCUCCAGACGGCGAGAGCGUCGUCACUGGUGCGGGCGACGAGACGCUACGGUUCUGGAAUGUGUUCAGCAAAGCUCGGUCACAGCGUGAAGCACGGUCAGCACUUAGUCUCUUUGCGAGCAUACGCUGAGAGGUCCGAUACGUGGAGUGUGAAUGUAAAACGAUUGUGCGUGAAUGCCUAGGGAAGGUGGGGCAGGCCUUUGUGGUGGGGACCGCUGCGGACUCAAAAGCUCGCCAGUCCACGAAUGCAGCAAACACUGCUGCGGAGUUCGGCUUCGCGAAAAGGUCGUUCAUGGUGCUUGUGAACAGACCCAUCUAAACUUGUUGAAGGAUGUAAGGCUUAUCCACGCUGGGACCACAAAUGUCGUGCCAAGUCUGCCGUCAAGUGUGCUGCGAGCUGUCGUAAUUUGCCUUGAAAACUGUUUUUAUUUAUUUUCUUUUUCAAUUUUUAUUAACUGCUAAAAAAUUGUGGUUGCUGUACAUACUGCCUGCUGCUAGCCAACAAGUUCAGCUAUGCAGAAACGCAUUAUUUUAUGCAGAUGUUGCACUGGAUUACAGCGCUGCGACUGGUCUAGCCUUUUAUUUAUCCUGGUGCUCACACAUCCCUCUCUGACUGCAUUGAUUUCACUGCUCACAUUAUGGGAACUGUUUUAAGAGCACCUGCUUACGCCUAGUUACCUUGUAACAUUUUAGUUACCAUGCCCCAUAGCAUUUUAUUGAAGCGUACCAAUAGCCAUCUUUUGUUGUUUAACUGAUUCACUGAACUGCUCCAGAAAGUGGAGUUGACCACCGAGUUGGUUAGUGCCAGCUGUACACUACGAAUGCAGUGCUUUAUGUUGCAAAUUUCACACAGUCUGUUUUGUGCAUGGUCUACGUGCGUGCAUGCGCACUAGGUGGCCUAAUAGUUGCAGUUAAUAACCUACGUUAGAGACAGAUGUGCAUUGUUGUGGCAACUACUCUGCGUGCUCCAUGCUUCAGGCAGAGCCAUAAUUUAUCUACAUUUAAAGACUUUCUUUUUUUUCUGCAUUGGCCAUACACAGGGCUUAUAAGCUUGAAUAAAUUCAAUGCAAUUGAGUUUAAUUUAAAUUGUCAUUUGCAGUAACCAUUUUCAUACACCUCCAGAAGCUUGCAUUUCAGCCUGUGGCAAGUUACACUCAGUUCUUGCACUGCAUUUGACAACCUUGUUGCUCUAUACUCAAACCGUUUGUUUUAUUUUGUUUUUACCUGUCCUAAGGAGGGCAGAAGAGACCAUCGCACGUUUCAUUCAAGCCAAAUAACUGUUCACUUCGUGCUGUUUUCGUUUGUCUGUUUGAAGGACAGUUGACAGGUCCAAGCCAUGCAAAUGAGCAUUUUCACAGUAGAACUGUGUUCUGAAUGUGAUGCCUUUUUGUCGGCAUGUCAGGCCUUGCCCUUUCUAAAAUAGCUCAAGUCUGUCGUGCCCUAUUGGAAAAAGUUGCUGCCUUGACACAUAAUGGGGAUACUUAUUAAUCAAGGACUGGGCUAUAGAUCUUCAUUAUAAAUUUCAUAAAAUGUCUAUUAGUGUCUGAAUAUUAGCUAGGUGGUUAACACAGAUGCCGGUGACCCUGUACACGUCUUGUGUACAAUGCACAACCAAUGUGCAAAAGUAGACAAAUUGCUGUACUGGGAGAACAUGUUCAUUGCCCAAUUUUUUUCUUCUUUGUUUUCAAGCUGCUGGUACCACUAAUAAAUUUACCACCACUGGUUGUGUCAAAGUAUUUAGUUCAUUGUCGAACAAGUGAUGGCAUCAAUGUAGUGUAGAGCACGAAAGUGUGGUUACAGAAAAAGGUACAAACAGGGACCUGUUUUCAGCACAUCUUUCCUCUAACUUCACUUCACUGCUUUGCGCUACAUUCACGCCAUUGACUUGGACUGACUCGCCCAAGUUGCUCUUUCAAGCAAGAAAAUAUUAGCAGUGGUAUUCUGGUGUAGUGUUAGAGGUGGAAAUUUUGUAGAUGAACUGGCAGGCCUGCUUACUAAAUUGAUGUCUAUAAUUAAAAAGCAAAUAUGGCCUCCUGAAGCAGGUGGCUGCCAAUCUUUUGCUAGCUCAGCAUGGCUCUACAAGCAUGGAAAUUGUUUGUUGUUCUCAUAGUGUAUGUACGAUGAAGAGCGUAAGUUAUUUUGUUGUCACGAAGGAAAUGCAAACAUGAGCAUUGACAAACGAGGCAAGCAGGCCCUCAAAUUGAACGAAAGUACAACCCAGUGUGAUCACAUUAUAUGUAACACAUGCAACUGAGUGCUGUAAUUGUUGAGUUGUGAGCUCAACGGUAUUGCAUUGUGGAAAUGACUGACGCAGCCAUGAUAAGGAAUAUCGCUUUUUGGUUUGGGGAACUCAACACUGAGAGUGUUAGUGAAGUGGCAUCUUGUUUCAUUUGUUGUGCACAAAGGGCUUUUGGAAGAACUGCUUGCACUGGUGAGGAAAUGAUGCCUAAUAAAAUUACAUUGAACCUU